AUGGGUUUGCCUUGGUAUCGUGUUCAUACUGUCGUAUUGAAUGAUCCCGGUCGAUUGAUUUCUGUCCAUAUAAUGCAUACAGCUCUGGUUGCUGGUUGGGCCGGUUCGAUGGCUCUAUAUGAAUUAGCAGUUUUUGAUCCCUCUGACCCCGUUCUUGAUCCAAUGUGGAGACAAGGUAUGUUCGUUAUACCCUUCAUGACUCGUUUAGGAAUAACUAAUUCAUGGGGCGGUUGGAGUAUCACAGGCGGGACUAUAACGAAUCCGGGUAUUUGGAGUUACGAAGGUGUGGCCGGGGCACAUAUUGUGUUUUCUGGCUUGUGCUUCUUAGCAGCUAUCUGGCAUUGGGUGUAUUGGGAUCUAGAAAUAUUUUGUGAUGAACGUACAGGAAAACCUUCUUUGGAUUUGCCCAAGAUCUUUGGAAUUCAUUUAUUUCUAUCAGGGUUGGCUUGCUUUGGUUUUGGCGCCUUUCAUGUAACAGGCUUGUAUGGUCCUGGAAUCUGGGUGUCCGACCCUUAUGGACUAACUGGAAAAGUACAAUCUGUAAAUCCAGCGUGGGGCGUGGAAGGUUUUGAUCCUUUUGUUCCGGGAGGAAUAGCCUCUCAUCAUAUUGCAGCAGGUACAUUGGGCAUAUUAGCAGGCCUAUUCCAUCUUAGUGUCCGUCCGCCUCAACGUCUAUACAAAGGAUUACGUAUGGGAAAUAUUGAAACCGUCCUGUCCAGUAGUAUUGCUGCUGUCUUUUUUGCAGCUUUUGUUGUUGCUGGAACUAUGUGGUAUGGUUCAGCAACUACCCCGAUCGAAUUAUUUGGUCCCACUCGUUAUCAAUGGGAUCAGGGAUACUUCCAACAAGAAAUAUAUCGAAGAGUUGGUGCUGGGCUAGCCGAAAAUCAAAGUUUAUCAGAAGCUUGGUCUAAAAUUCCUGAAAAAUUAGCCUUUUAUGAUUACAUCGGCAAUAAUCCGGCAAAAGGGGGAUUAUUCAGAGCGGGUUCAAUGGACAAUGGGGAUGGAAUAGCUGUUGGAUGGUUAGGACACCCUAUCUUUAGAGAUAAAGAAGGUCGUGAACUUUUUGUACGUCGUAUGCCUACCUUUUUUGAAACAUUUCCAGUCGUUUUGGUAGACGGAGACGGAAUUGUUAGAGCCGAUGUUCCUUUCAGAAGGGCAGAAUCGAAGUAUAGUGUCGAACAAGUAGGUGUAACUGUUGAGUUCUAUGGCGGCGAACUCAAUGGAGUCAGUUAUAGUGAUCCUGCUACUGUGAAAAAAUAUGCUAGACGUGCUCAAUUGGGUGAAAUUUUUGAAUUAGAUCGUGCUACUUUGAAAUCCGAUGGUGUUUUUCGUAGCAGUCCAAGGGGUUGGUUUACUUUUGGACAUGCUUCAUUUGCUCUGCUCUUCUUCUUCGGACACAUUUGGCAUGGUGCUAGAACCUUAUUCAGAGACGUUUUUGCUGGUAUUGACCCGGAUUUGGAUGCUCAAGUGGAAUUUGGAACAUUCCAAAAACUUGGGGAUCCAACUACAAGAAGACAAGUAGUCUGA